AUGCAAAAGACUCCACAUUCGUCUCAUGCUGUGGACGGCGAGAAAAAGAUUACAAGCUCAAAGUACCGAAUUCGUGAACCGGCUCCAAUGGAACGAGAAAUUGUGGUUGAGGUGGGCCUAGUACUCGUCUACCUAUCUCCAUUCCGUGCGUUGUUUCUCAUCAAUAUUACCCAUCAACUAGAAAAUAUCGCAAUUCAUGCUUAA